GAUCAAUUGCAUGUAGCUGAGUUGCAACUCGUCGAAAGUAUCCCCGCCUAGGCGCAAGCCGAUGAUUGGCCAGGUGCUCGAGGCACUGCAUUCACCGAUAGUGACUCUGGCGGCACUCAACUUGGGUCAUCUCGAUCCAACAUCGGCAUCGACUCGCACUCGUUUUGCCUUGUAUGUCACCUUCGGACUGGGCGAGACUCUCAGCCUUCAGCAUCCGGCAAGCCUGCGGGCGCUCGGGCAUGAUCAAUUGCAUGUAGCUGAGUUGCAACUCGUCGNAAGUAUCCCCGCCUAGGCGCAAGCCGAUGAUUGGCCAGGUGCUCGAGGCACUGCAUUCACAGAUAUUGACUCUGGCGGCACCCGACUCGGAUCAUCUCGACCCAUCGGCAUCGACUUGAUCGCAACUGGAUCGCUCC